CAACGGUUAAUUUAAAAGUUUAAAUAAUCAGUCGUGCUGCUGUUGUUGUUGUUGAUUAUAUUUAUUAUUCUAAAACAUUAAGUUAUUGAUUUCUUACUAACCGUGCCAAUAUUAUUCAUAGUUUACAAAAUGAGUAUUAUAGAAAAAAAUUGGGAUAUUAAGUUUAACUUAGAUGAAAUAGAAGAAAAUAGUUAUAGAGAAUUCGAGGACAAAGUGAAGAGUUUGCAUGAACAGAUUAUUAGUCAUAUAGAAAAUGGUUUCAAAGUGCAGAAGGGUAUUUAUAACGGAAACUUUGCACAAAAUCAUGACGAUGAGCUCAAAAGUUUGAUAGAACAAAACAAACAGCUCAGACAUAACAUUGAUACCAAAGCUGAAGAAUUAUCACAACAGAAGAUUCAAUAUGAGAACUACAAGAAAGACCAAAAGCUGCUAUCUCAAGAAAUAAAAGAAACACAUGAAGCAUUUUUAAUGGCGAAGAAAUACUACAAGAAGUUUUUGAAAAUGUAUUAUACAAUAGAAACAAAGUCUAAUGAGUCCCAUACAAUAUUUGUGCAGUUUUUUACUGAAUCUAAAAAGGAAUCUGAAAAUUACUCUGUCCGUUUGUCACGGGACACUAAAACAGGAUCCUAUAAAUUAUUAAGUGUAACACCAAAGCUGCAUAUAUUCAACGAGCUACAGCAAACACUACAAGAAACAAAUGAUGUUCCUGGGGCACUCUGUAGUAUUAGACAAGCAUUCUUGGCUAUCAAGACGAAUAAGAAGUAACACUUGAUCUGAAAAAUUGAAGUAUCUUAUAAUUUAUGUGUAAGGGUGUUACUUACACCCACAAAUACUAGAAUGUAGUAACAGUUUAUUUUAAAAAAAUAUGUAAAUGGGUACAUUAAUUUCUUUUAUUAUAUUUUAAAUGAACUUAGAGGGUUGAAUGAGUAAGGUGAACAAGUAAAUACAAUACUCUAAAGAUAUAUUUUUUAUUAACCAUAUAAAAUACAUUAAAUAUAAAAUUAAUUUGUAACAAAAAUAAAUACAAUUCCAUGUUGAGGUAUUACACAAGUGUCACAACAUCUCACAUAGAUGUGACACCAUGAUUUUAGAUUUCAAUAUGUUUUGUGCAACUCUGGACUUACAUCAUUCAGCAUUAUGUACUAAAUGCUGUGUGUCAGUGAUUAGUUUUGGCCCACUCAAAUUCAUAAUACUAGAUAUUAAAUCUAAAUGCAUGCAAAAGCACACAUUAACAUGCUGUUAUAAACUAUUCCAACUUGACCUAAAGUUAAAUACCUAGAAAUUCUUUGUUCACUUAUUUUUCUAUAAUUAGUAGUUAAGAAUAUUUUCCAAGAGACAUUAUUGCCAACUUACUAUGGCAUAUAUUUGCCAUAAUGUAAUAAAAUAAACCGAUAAUAUUUCUAGUUAAAAUGAAACAAUUUUGUAAGAUCCCGUCUAUCACAACACAUAGUUUGUACAUAAAUAAUUUUAAUCAGA